AUGAGCAACAGAGGUCUUCUAGAACAACUCGAGCGUACGACAGAGACCUUGUCACACUCGCUUAGCAACCUUAUAAAAUACUCUUCGGUUGCUAAAGAAAGAGACGACGAGGACAGCGGGGAGCAACACGAAUUGCCGGAAUCUACGGCGAAAAACUCCACGUCGGGGCUUAUGAUGGUGAACGCCCAAACCGCGCAACUCAUCAAGGGGAUCCAGGACCUGCUGGUAAUGACGCGCAGUAUUCGCGAAAAGUGGCUUUUGACGCAAAUUCCAGACGAAGGAGUGGACUCUCAGUCUGAGCUGGACUACGAAAAGUGUUCUCAACUGCUGAAGCAAUGGACGCAGGAGGUCGUGAGCUCGGAAGAGUAA